GGCAGGGUGGGCGCCAGGGCUCCGGGCGCAGGCGCCAAAGGGAGCGCUGCCGAUGGGGAGGGAAGGCGUCCGGACCCAGCUGAGGGCGUACUGCGGUCAGGUCGAGGUGUGAGCAGGAGGAGAGGUGCUCCCCGCAGCCUGGGGUGUUUAGGGAGGCAGCGGGUACGGCGUUGAGCACCUCUGCCUGUACCCGGAGCACGGAACAGGGUGGCACCAGGAGGGGUUCGGGAUAGAUCGUAGAGCUUUCAGUCGGGGUAUGUAUGGGACAGAAUCUCAGUAGGACGUUCUUUGGCGAUAUUGAAACAAGAUGAGUCCUGACGGAUGAUAUUUACUGGACAAGAGGUAGAUCCAGGUAUAUGCUAAACAGCCACUAUUUUCGCUUCUGCAUCCCCACAUCCCUUGAAGUGGUUGUUUGGGCUCAUUUUUCCUGCAAGGGAACCGUGAUGGAAAGCUGAUACCUAUGCAACUAUCUUGCAUGUUCUGCACAUGUACCCCAAAACCUAAAAUGCAAUAAAAAAAAUGAAAAUAAAAAAAAUUAAAAAAAAAAGAAAUAAAAUCAACGUGACUCUGAGGUCACACUAGUUAAUGGUAGGAGCGGAAUUCACACCCAGCCAUGUGGGAAAGCAGCACUGUGCCGCCUCCCGGUCCCUGGGUUAAAUUCUCUGGAGCUGCACCAGACACCUCUGGGCACUGUGACCCCAAAGCCCUCAGCUUGUCAACAACUUGUGACAUUUUUUGUGUUAUUUGACCCAUUCACUUUUUCUGUGCCUUGGCCUCUACCUUUCCAUAGAGGCACUUCAAUGCCAGGGACAAUCAGGCCAGGGACAAUGGCCUGAUCCUCCUCAUGUGGGUUCCAGCGCAGUGCCUUUCUUAUAGCGGCAGGAUUCGUUAACACGUUAGAACCAUCCACCCCUCUGGACCUGCAUUGGUUGCUGAACAGAUGAUAAGUGAUACAGGAACAAAACCUCCAGAGAGUGGUAUUUUUGGAUUUAUGAUAAACUUCUCUGCAUUUCUUGCUGCAGCCACGAUGUAUACAAGAUAUAACAUAGUAGAGAAGCAGAAUCAAACCUACUAUUUCAGCACUCCUGCUCUUAACUUGGUGUCUUUCAUUCUUGGAUUGUUGGGAUGUAUUGGAAUGAGCAUUGUCGCCAGUUUUCAGGAGUUAGCUGUGCCAGUGGUUCAUGACGGGGGCGCCCUUUUGGCUUUUGUCUGCGGUGCCAUAUACACUCUCCUACAGUCUAUCAUCUCUUACAAAUCGUGUCCCGAGUGGAACAGUCUCUCAAUGUGCCACAUACGGAUGAUCAUCUCUGCUGUUUCUUGCGCAGCUGUCGUCCCCAUGAUUGUCUGUGCUUCAUUAGUUUCCACAACCAAGCUGGAAUGGGACCCAAGCGAAAAGGAUUAUGUAUAUCAUGUAGUGAGUGCGAUCUGUGAAUGGACAGUGGCCUUCGGUUUUAUUUUCUACUUCCUAACGUUCAUCCAAGAUUUCCAGAGUUUCACCCUAAGGAAUCCCAUAGAAUACAUUGAUGACAUUUGAAGAAAGAAGAAUUUGAUCUCACUCAGUGAAUGUUUCAGGCCAUUUCUAGAAGUGCUGCAGAGGACAGACAGGGUGUUGAUGCCACCCUGAUUAUUGGGAUGCAUCUGCGGCACAUCCAGGACUUGAAUUUAAUUAAAAAUUUCUAAUAGUUGUACUAUUUCUAAAGAUGUUUUCCUAAAGAAUGUAGAGCCUUGUGACAUUGAAGUAAUGCUUUUAUAAUUUUCUAAGUAGAUUUUUUUAUAUUAACAAAUUCAUAUACAGAAAAGACAAGGUGUUACAAAAAAGUGGAGAGCUCUUAUUUUUGUACAGAUUCUAUUUUUUUAUUUGUAUGUGAUUUAUGGAAAUACACUAAAUGAGUAAUUUAGGUUCAGUACAUUUAUUACAAAGUGAAUUGGGAUAUUCAUUUGUAAAUUUCAUUCUUAGUGAGUGAACUGCAUGAUUUUUUAUCACGAGAGCAUAUAUAAAAUUCAAUUUAUAGCAAUCAUAUACCCAAAUCAUAAAGAUUUAGUUAAUAUAUUAACACUAAGAUACUCUGAUUUUUCGCUAAGCAAAGUGCUUCUACUGAGAGGCCUUCAUGCCAUCAUGUACGGUAGCUCUAAGUGGAUACAGAAGACGUUGGUUUUGAAAUUCUGCCACCGUAUUUCUCCCUGCUCAUGAGGCCACAUCUUUUGCUGUUGCUGCUAAUUGGCCAUUUAUAGUGAGUGUAAUUCCAGGUGUAAUGGUUUCAGCAACUCAGGUGAGAACCAUCCUCUAUUAUUACUGGCACAACUUGAUAUAUAGUCAGACCCAGAACUGAAACUCACAUCUCAAAUUCAUUUCAUGCCAGUGAAUGUGGCAAAGAGAACAAAGGCCCAAGAGCGAGAAGCGGGUGGUCAAGAAGAACUUCUGGGUGUAGGGUGCUGUUUAUUCGCUCCUUCUUUUCACGCCUAUGGCUGGAUGUCCCACAACACUAUAGGAAAUGUGAGUCAGGCCCUUUGCAUUAAGCAGGAACUACAGACUCCACCUUUUCACCCAAAUCAUGAAUAACCAAUGAAAAGCAAGCUAUUCCAGAGGAAGAAGUAACCCUUGAAAUGUUAAGGCUUAGGCUUGAAAGCUGAAGAGCAGGAAUUCUCUCUUCAAAGACCCGAGAGCAUAAACCCAUGUGUGGUCAAGUGGGAACAGCCCUCAAGGGCACAUGCCAAGAGCAGAGCAGCCCAUGGAGACAGCUUCAAAGGGCAUGGCAUCAUAGGGAGUUAGGGAUAGCUCCUCAUUAACUGUUGGGUGAGUAUAGGCGUGAGGCUCAGUGGCAGUCAGGCAUCUCUGCAAUGACAAGCUGCCUUCCCUCUAUGUGUUUAGCCCAUGUUAUUGGAACAUGUCCCACACCCCUGCCACUGCCAUUUGGGCCCUAUAAGGCUAAGUAGAAUAAUCUGGCAAUAAAAGGCAAAUGUAAGCAUACUUUCUUUAAGAUGCAUCAAAAAUGAUUUUCUUUAGGUGAAUGGAAGAGUUUGACAGAGAAACACCUUUGGAAGCAAACAUUAAGAAUGCCGACUGGGUGUGGUGGCUCACACCUGUAAUCCCAGCACUUUGGGAGGUCUAGGCAGGAGGAUCACUUGAGCCUGGGACUUUGAGACCAGAGUGGGAAACAUGGUGAAAUCUCAUCUCUACAAAAAAAGCCAAAAACAAAAAUUAGCCAGGUGUGGUGGCAUGUGCCUGUAGUCCCAGCUACUUGAAAGGCUGAAGUGGGAGAAUCACCUGAGCCCAGGAGGUUGAGGCUGCAGUGAGCCAUGCCACUGUCUUCCAGUUUGGGCAACAGAGCAAGACCCUGUCUCAAAAAUAAAUAAAUAAACAAACAAAUAAAUAAAUAAAUAAAAAGAAUGCUAAUCAUUUCUGGGUUCACUGUGACUCAUUGUAAUGCUGGAGAUCCCCCUUGCAACACUGGAACUGAAAGUGAUGAAAGCUGUGUCAAGCCUUCGUUAUCCUGAAGAGGAGGAGAAAUGCCACGUGCCUUUCCCAUGGGAUCCGCAGUGGAAUGAAUACAUGGUUGUGUCUCACUUCAAACCGACUUUCGUUCUCAGCACUUCUCACAAUGGAUUUUCAUGCUUCACUUUCACAUCUCUCUGCAGUUAGAUUGGGAGCUCCUUGAGGGCAGAGUACGUGCCUUAAUUGGGAGCUCCUUGAGGGCAGAGUAUGUGCCUUAAUCUUUAUCUUUGUAAUGCCCGCAAUUAACACAGUGCCUCCUGGUACACUGCAGGUGCUUAAGAAAUACUCACUGAAUGCGUGAAUGAAUGAAUGAACAAAUGAAGGAAUGACUAAGGAUGUUUGUAGUGCUAUAAUAUAUAAUGGAAUUUACUCUGGUUUACUAGUUAGUUUCAUAAUAAACACAUGGUCUGUAUCACCUGGUAA